UUUUUUUGAAAUUAUAAAUGUACUGUGGAGGUUAACAAAACUAAUUCAAGAAGAAUGGAAGAAGGUCAACGGGAAACCUCAAAUCUUCCUCCAGAUGUUUGGCACUCUGAGGUGACAGUGUCAGUCACAGGUGAACCACCUACUGCUGCAGAAGAAAUUGAAGAAACAGCCAAAGAGACAGCCAGAGAAAUCACACCGGAAAUCACAAAGCCACUCUCCAUUGUAGAUGUGCUAAGGAUCUCUGCAGUUCUGGAGGACGCCAUAGACCAGCUCUCCAUUCUAAACUAUAUCAUGCCAGUUCAGUAUGAAAAAAGACCAAACAGCAGCAUGAAGAAUAACAAAGAAAUGUAUUCUGAAGGAAAAAGCUUAGAGAAACUCUCACUGGUCUCAAAAACCUCAAAAAUAUCUGGUCCAUUCUUUCUUAAAGAAGAACCGAAGUUGCCAGAAAUCAGACAAGGAGUCCAAUUUAACAAAGUACAAGAUCUUAUCUUCAAAAAACCUACAAGGCAGACCAUAAUGAAUACAGAGACACUGAAGAAAAUUCAGAUUGAUAGGCAAUUUUUCAGUGAUGUGAUUACAGACACCAGGCAGGAGUUGCAAGACUCAGGCACUUUCACCAAUCUCCUGAGAGCUUUGGGCAAAGAGAGGGAAAACAAAAAGCAUUUCUAUGAUAUUAUUGCCAGGGAGGAAAAUGGAAGGAAAAAGAUAAAAUCUCUUCAAAAACAGCUACUUAAUGUCAAAAGAGAACGGCAAGCAGAAGUACAGAGUCGAAAUGAGUAUAUUGCUCACCUCAAGGACCAAUUGCAAGAGUUGAAGGCGAAAACCAACAUGGAGAAUCGGUACAUGAAGAAAAACACUGAGCUGCAGAUUUCCCAGACCCAGAAAAAAUAUAGCAAAACAGAGGAGCUCCUGCUGGAAGAGAUUGAGAAACUAAGGCUGAAAACCGAAGAAGAGAACCGGGUUCAUGCGGAGAUUGAAAUAUUCCUCAGAAAGGAGCAGCAGAAACUUGAAGAGAAGCUAGAGUUCUGGAUGGAGAAAUUUGAUAAGGACACAGAAAUGAAACAGAAUGAACUAAAUGCCCUCAAAGCUGCUAAGGCCAGUGAUUUAGCACAUCUUCAAGAACUUGCAAAGAUGAUAAGGGAAUAUGAACAGGUCAUCAUUGAAGAUCGUAUAGAAAAGGAGAAGACCCGGAAGAAGAUACAACAAGAUGACUUGGAAUUAAAGAGCAUCAUAAAGCUCCAGGCUUGGUGGCGAGGCACUGUGGUGCGAAGAGAAAUCGGUGGUUUCAGAAUGCCCAAGAAGGACAAUGAUAGCAAGGAUAUGAAAGGCAAAGGCAAAGGCAAGGACGAGCAGAGAGGCAAGAAGUGACCACGGUAUCUUCUGCUGUUCUGGAGAUGGGAAGGAGGACCCGAAGGGAGUGAGAAACAUCUUUUGCCAUCACAGGUACACCUGUAUGUUGUUUGUCAUUUGGACAUUCCCAGGUGAGGUCUGGUUACUUCACUUUGCCUGUUAUAUUAGUUUUCAAACCCUGAAUUAGGACUCUACCAUGGAUUCAGGGCUUCUUUGAAAAAAAAAAAUUGUUGUGAAUAAAUAUUUCUGGGAGACUUGUGAAGAUUCCUCUUUCUCACCAGAACAAAAAGUACAUGAUCCCAGUUAUAGUG